GAGGCAGCUUCAGUGGCAAUCCAGCGUGCCAGGUGAGAUGAAGGUUGCUCCGGAGAGUUGCUGCGUUUCAAUCAUCUUCUUGCUCGCCGCAUCUUCACUUUAUUUCUGCAAUGCACAAUCAUUGCAACACUCGAAACGCUCACUGCAGUUUGAGUUUCCUGGCAAUUUGAGCCACAGGGAUUGCGGCUUGGAGCGAAACAGCGAUGCACGUGCCUGGCUUGCGAAAAUCGAAAUUUUCGACGAGACCGAGAAUACAGUGACACGAUGCUACGGCUCCGUCAUCUCAAACCGAUACAUUAUCACAGCGUCUGAUGCUGGUUGCGUUGAAGGAGAAGCAAUCGCGUCCCAAGUGUCAGUGUCGUUCGCAAAAUCUGGAUUUCGGAGCGUCGUAAAGCCUUCACGAUUGAUUGUCGAGCCGCAAAACCCGUUGGCUAUCCUUGAAUUUGAGAGUGACCUUUUGAAGGAUGGAGUUGUGCCUAUUUGUGUUUGGAACAAACCGAUUGCAGGCAACGGAUCGCCAGUUCAUGAAAAUGGAGGAAUAAUUGCUACAAUUGUCGGUGAAGAAGUUUCAGCAAGCAGAAAGGUAACUGCGGGCAAGUUCAAGGUCGUUUCCAAUGAAGAUUGUGGGAAAGCAAUAAAUCAUGGAUCGUUUUAUUUCAAAUCAAACGAUCUAUGUCUCAUGUAUCAGGAGGGUUUGAGCAGAGUGUGCCUCAAAGGCUGGGGCGCGCCGAUGCAGUUCAAAAUCGGCGCCCGCUGGUUUCUCAGAGGCGUCAACACCAACUUUUUCAACACCGAAGACAAAUCUGCCGAAUGCAGGUUUUUCAGGAUUUACAAAUUCACGGAUGUUGCUCGGAAGAUUAAAUUCAUUACUGAAAACACCGAUAUUAAGUUGAGGGAAUUAGCAACAGACUUCUAUUUCCCAAGCAAUUUGAACCACGAAGAUUGCGGUCGAGUGCAAAAUAAUAACGACCGCGCUUGGCAAGUGAAGGUGUCUGUUGAUUACUUCGUUUGUUACGGAUCAGUCAUUUCAAAAUACCAUGUCGUCACUGCUGCGUAUUGCGUGAAUGGAAAAGAUCCAUCUGAUGUAAUAGUCACCUUUGCGAAAAACCGCUUUCAAAUUCAGGAAAGUUUAAGACCAUCCGAGAUCGUCGUGCACCCAGAAUAUGAUUCAGAGAGGCUUCAAGCCAACUUAGCCAUCUUGAAAUUUGACAGAAACCUUUUGGAAGGUGGCGUUUUGCCUAUUUGCCUGUGGAAUAAGCCGAUUGAGGCAAAUGGAUCUCUUAUCACUGAUAAUCAAGGAAUUGCAAGCGUUGCAGGAGAAGAUGGAAAUUCGGGUAAAAAAGUUGUUGGCAAAUUCAAAGUCUCCUCGACGGCCGAUUGCAAAGCAGAAGUAAAUCCACAAGCUAGAAAGAACUUCAAGGAUCCUGAUUUAUGCCUUAUUUAUCAAGAGGGAGUUAGCUCAGUUUGUCUCAGAGGCUGGGGCGCACCAAUGCAGUUUAAAAUCGGCGACCGCUGGUACCUGCGAGGCGUCAACAACGAUUACCUUUCAACGCACAAAGAAGUCGAGUGCAGCGUUUUCAGAGUUCUCGGCUUUACUGAUGUCGCACGGCACAUCAAAUUUUUCGCCGAGAAUAUCAAAAUCACACCGAAACCCUCAAUACCACAAAAUCACCGCAGCUAUCCAAACUGUGGCGUUGUGCACAGCGAUCCCGGCAUUCAGCUCGCUUUUCGGGGCACGGACGCGAAGCUGCGGGAUUUCCCCUGGUCCGCAGCUUUAUUCAGAACGAGCACCGCCUCUCCGCCUGAAUACACGUGCACCGGAUCUUUAAUAUCAAAGAAAUUCAUUCUUACUGCUGCUCACUGCGUUUACGAGGCACGAGCCUUGUUGCCUCCGCAAGCUCUAAUUGUGGCUCUGGGAAAGGAGCAGCUCAAUGACGGCUGGACAAGCGACUCUGGCGUUCAGCUGCACUCGCUGAGGAAAAUAGUUGCGCACGAAGAGUACAAUCUUGACGACCACCGCAACGACAUUGCCCUUCUCGAACUGAACCGCGAUGUCGAGUUUUCGGUCAUCAUCUCGCCUGUUUGCCUUUGGUUCAAAACGAAGAACGUAGAUAUUAUCCAGGGAAGAAAUGGAACUAUUGCAGGUUGGGGCCUUGUUGCGGACUAUGAUACAGGAAAUAUUCUCCAAAAGUUGGAAUUGCCAAUUUUCUCCAUAGAUGAAUGCAGUUCGAUCCAUGGAAAGGAGUCUUACUAUGCCAGAAAAUUGCAGCAGUCACCCUCGUUCUGCGCUGGAUAUUUAUUUAAAAACACAAAUCCUUGCAACGGAGAUAGCGGAUCUGCAUUAGUGCUGCAGGAGGAAAAUGUCUUUUUCGUGAGGGGCAUAGUCAGCGAAACAAUCGCGAGAAACGUCUACGGAGCCAAGUUUUGCGACCCUGAAUUUCCUGCCGUUUUCACAGAUGUUGCAGGAUUCAGGGAGUGGAUUUUGGAGAAAGCUGGAAGUGAAAUCAGUUUUGAUUAUUCGCCUUGAUUAUUAAUACGUUCGCAAAAUGUGAAUAAGACAAAUGCUCAAAUAAUGUUGCCAUAUAUUUAUGUUUUUCUGACGAGUCAAAUAUGAUAAUUUGAAUUCCGGAAAAAUUCCCUUCAAGUACAAACUUGUCGGAAUAAUGAAAUAUGAAAUGUGCAGGAAGUUAAAGCAAUGAUGAUGAUGAUGAAGAAGUCCGUUUUAAUUGUAAUAUAUGGAGCAAUCCAUAAUGUGUCAACAUUUUAACUCAAAAACUAGUGAGAAGGCAAGAUUUGAGAUUUAAGCAUGAAAAUAAAUAGCAGCGUGUGAUCCAUGGACCAUGAUUUGUAUUUUGGAGAAGUAACAAUUCUUACUAUUUUGCUCAUCAUUUCACUGUUAGCUUCUGAACGGUCGUGGUGGGAUGGUUAAGGUAUUUAUUGAAUUUGAAUUACGAUAUAAUUGUGCAUAAAAUAUUGUAUUAAAAAGUUAAGUUUUUAGCAUACA